AUGUGUGCGGAAGACGUUGAGAAGCUUAUGAAUGACCGACUUCAAGACUUGAAGACUGUCGGGAACCUCGAGGAUGCACUACCUCAAGACUUGUUCCACACCCUACCAUCUGGGUUAAUCAGCAGUUUCAAGGAGUUGGCUUACGUCUUCACCAAAGAGUACACCUCUUACCGGACGAUCAAGAAGAACUCUGACCACCUGUACAACCUAUGCAAGAAGUCCGACGAAUCUCUUCAAGAUUACAUCAAGAGAUUCAAAGCAAAAAAGGCCAACAUUGUAGGAUGUGACGACCGGAUCGCGUCAUCUGCCUUCAAGAAAGGUCUUCCAGCUGAACACGACUUGUACCGCAAGCUGACUAUCACUCCCAGCCAGACUAUGGCAGAGGUCUACGCGACCACAGAAUACUACGCGCUCUUGGAUGACGAUCGAAUCGCCGCAAAGAAGUUUACAAAGCAGGAAGAUCAGUCGACUAAACAGGCAGCCCAAGUGAAAAACAAACCUUGGGUAAGAAGACCGCCACCCUUGAAAGGAGAUCCGGACAAGAGGGAUACUAGUAAAUAUUGUGCCUUCCAUGGGACGCAUGGACACAUUACGAACAACUACUUCGCUUGGAAAGAACACCUUGAAGAACUCGUGAGAGAAGGUCACUGCACGGAAUUCAUUGCGAAGCAGGCCAUCCAACGGAUUGAAGAUCAUGACACCGCCAAGGAGCCGCCCCAAAAGGUCAUAAAGAUUAACACAAUCCUAGCCGACUCCGAAGAAUCUGGGCUGACCAGCAAGGAAAAGAAGAGAAAGAUCAGACAGGCCACUAUGAUCUCCCAAGUCUCGACCGACCUUCAGCUAGCAGAAGACGAUCCUGUAAUCGGCUUCCAAAAGAAAGAUCUGAUAGGCCUCGAUGUGCCACAUAACGACGCCCUUGUCAUCAGCAUUCAAAUUGCUCAGGCCAUGGUUGACCGAAUCCAUGCAGACGAGGGCAGUGCAGCUAACAUCCUACAAUUGGCGGUCAUCCAACAGAUGGGCUUAGAGACAAAGAUCAAUAAAUUAGCCAAGUCGCUGACUGGCUUCAAUGGGGCAACAACGUUUACUUCUCACCAAUAA